AUGGCAGCCGUCCAACCCAACAUGAUCACCCAGUUCACCUCUAACCACUCUCCGGGGCCUCUCCAACACAUCGGCGAGGGCGCAUGCGGCUCAGUCUGGUGCGCCUCUUCCAAAUCCUCUCCAUACAGCGCCGACAUGCCCCUUGUCAUUAAGCGCGAAGACAUGUCCGACGUGCGCUCCAUCACCCACGAGGCCGAAAUGCAUCACCACAUCCUCCAAGCCCUCGCCAACCCUCGCGUAGCCACCACCCUCACCACCUUCCGCGUCAACAUCCCCCUCUCCCAAGGCCUUCUCCACCACACUAACUCCGCAGCCUGGUCCCAGAUCCUGCCCAGACUGCUCGCAGGCUACGCAGCCAGCAACGCCCUCGUUAGCGAGAAAAUCCACCCCUUCCCCUUCCGCAUGCGCAAGCUCCUGCUCAAGCAGUUGACGGCCUGCGAGAACCCGCAGAAGGUUGCGCAGGGGCAUAUGAACACGUACUGCCUGAUCAGAGCGUACCUGGGCAAGAGGAAGUACAACCGAGUGGAGAAAGACGCGAUGCCCGCGCAUUUGAAGAAGCUGCGGCCGUAUAGUCUGAGGAACUUUCCCCUCUGUGUCGACCAGAUGGAGGACCUUGACCUCGAUGUGGAGGGAUACGCUGGCGCUUAUGCACUGGACGGCCAAGGUCGACGCGAAUGA